CUUUGACUCACAGGCGCGUAUAUUGUAUUUUCAUUCAACAAUAUGAUUAACGUAGAUUUGAGUGUAGCGGCUGCAUUACGGAAGUCUGGUGGCAUAAUUAGUCUUAUGCCGAUGGGAGAUUCUAUUCACUUUGGAACUAAUAUUAAACAAGAACCUUUCACUUUGUUAACUUUGACGGAUGAUCAGCGUUUCGCCAUUGAAAGGGCAAAGAAGUAUGCUUUAGAGCAAAGUAUUCAAAAUGCACUCAGCAAGCAAGCAGCACAGUUGCAUCAACAGGUACCUAUUAGUCAAAAUUUUCCUCACCUUCAAGGACUUAAACACAAUUAAAAGAAAUCAGGCACUCAUUCUUUUGAGUCGAAUAUAUGUUGGGUCAAUCAGUUUUGAAAUCGGAGAAGAAGAAAUUAGAAAAACGUUUUCACCCUUUGGACCGAUCAAGUCUGUCGCUCUUAGCUGGGAUACGGUUCUCCAAAAGCACAAAGGGUUUGCUUUUGUUGAAUUCGAGGUCCCAGAAGCAGCUUCCUUGGCAUUGGAUCAAAUGAAUGGGUACACUUUAGCUGGCAGGAACCUAAAGGUCGGGCGACCAAGCAAUGCUCCUCAGACUGCUGCCUUAGAAGCCGAACUACGUGCCGAAGUCAGUACUAAACCUCGUGUAUACAUUGCUUCAGUCCAUCCAGAGUUAACGGAGUCCGAUAUUCAAACUGUAUUCGAGGCAUUUGGAAAAGUAAAUAGCUGCAGCUUGUAUCCAGAUCCUAAAUGUUCUGGUCGACAUCGGGGGUUCGGUUACAUUGAUUUCGAAUCAGAAGAAGCUGCUAUUGCGGCUGUUUCAAGCAUGAAUUGUUUCGACCUGGCAGGACAACAACUUCGUGUCGGACGCGCAAUUACUCCCAAAGGAGUCCCUCUCCCAUUUGAACUUAAUGCAAACAAAGGUUUAAAUACCAUUUCAACUAACCCAAUAUCUACUUCGGCUGUCGCGUUUGCAGCUGCAUCAAUUUCUGCUAGAGUUAUGACACUUUCCGCCGAGGAAAUGAGUUCAAAUAGUCUUAGUGGAACUAAUCGCCCUACAACCUCCACUGGAUUUUCUGGCCCUCCUGCAGCUGCACAAAAUCUUCCGCCCCCUGGUGUAUUUAUUCCUACCGCUGUGGGAGAUGUUGUACCGGCAGCAUCAGAAGAAAAGCAAAUAGAUGAUGUCAUUUCUGUCACAACUGCAUCUGUUUGGGACGACGAUGACGAUUCAGCGAUCCCGGUCCCAACUGCUUCAGAGGAAGUCCCUGAGAUUCCUACUGAAAAUCAAAUUGGGGAGCAUACUGAAGUAACUGCUCAGUUAAAUGAUGUCGAAGACUCUCAAGACGUAUUUACUAUUAGUAUGUCAAGGGUUUUAUUACUCGAGAAUAUGGUGGGUGUUAAUGAAGUAGAUGAUGAACUGAAGGAGGAAGUAAUGGAGGAGUGCGGGAAUUACGGUUCUGUCCUACGUGUUUUGAUUCAUAUAAUGACAAGUCAGGAUGUCCGCAUCUUUAUUCAGUUCGACCGAUCGGAUGACGCUAAAGCUGCGUGCUGUGCCCUAAAUCAACGUUAUUUUGCUGGUCGUGUUGUCCAAGCUCGGUUAUAUGAUGAAGAGAGGUUCCAAUUACAUGAAUUGGAUGACUAGGAGUAUUUUAACUUAUUUUGUUAAUCGUAUUUUAUUCGGGUCACGAUGCCAGUAUUUCUUACAGCUAUGUAUGCAUAUUUACGAUGUUUAUUUUGUUUGUUAGAAUUAUUGUAUACUUUCUUACCUCUACCAUCUGUAUAUACAUAAAGCAGUGUUUAAUUUCAUAUUAAACAUGCUGCCAGUUAGUUUCCUUUCUGCCGUUUUUGGAUUUAUAUUUAAGCUAUAUUCCCAGUUGUUACGCCCAAACUAACGAUCAUUUUUCAUGUGUAAACUUUCUAACGAAUACAUUAGUAAAAUAUCUAUUUAAUAUACUUGAGAGUUCAGUCAUGUUUCAUAUUAUUCAAG